CGCGCCCUGAGCGGCGGCGGGGCCCGGCCUGCGCGGCCGUUGGCGGAGGAGCCGCGGGCGCCAUUAGCGCCGCCUCGGCCGCGCCGGUCCCGCGCCCGCCGCCCGCCCGCCGGGCUCCCGCGGCCGCGGCGCCCCGGAGGUAAUCAUUGCCAAAUGAGGAGGAAAGGACGAUGUCAUCGAGGCUCUGCAGCGAGGCACCCGUCCUCCCCGUGCAGUGUUAAGCACUCCCCGACGCGCGAGACGCUGACCUACGCGCAGGCGCAGAGGAUGGUGGAGAUCGAGAUCGAGGGGCGCUUGCACAGGAUCAGCAUUUUCGAUCCCCUCGAGAUCAUACUGGAGGAUGACCUCACCGCUCAGGAGAUGAGCGAGUGCAACAGCAACAAGGAGAACCGCGAGAGGCCGCCCGUGUGCCUGAGAACUAAGCGGCACAAGAACAACCGAGUCAAGAAGAAGCACGAAGCCCUCGUGAGCACCCAUGGCGCGCCGGCCUCGGCCAGCACCCUGCCCGAGCCCAAGGUGCGCAUCGUGGAGUACAGCCCCCCGUCUGCGCCCCGGAGGCCCCCCGUGUACUACAAGUUCAUCGAGAAGUCGGCGGAGGAGCUGGACAACGAGGUGGAGUACGACAUGGACGAGGAAGACUACGCCUGGCUGGAGAUCAUCAACGAGAAGCGGAAGGGCGACUGCGUCUCGGCCGUGUCGCAGAGCAUGUUCGAGUUCCUGAUGGACCGCUUCGAGAAGGAGUCGUACUGCGAGAACCAGAAGCAGGGGGAGCAGCAGUCGCUCGUCGACGAGGACGCCGUGUGCUGCGUCUGCAUGGACGGCGAGUGCCAGGACAGCAACGCCAUCCUCUUCUGCGACCUCUGCAACCUGGCCGUGCACCAGGAGUGCUACGGCGUGCCCUACAUCCCCGAGGGCCAGUGGCUCUGCCGCCACUGCCUGCAGGCCCGCGCCCGGCCCGCGGACUGCGUCCUGUGUCCCAACAAGGGCGGCGCCUUCAAAAAGACGGACGACGGCCGCUGGGGCCACGUGGUGUGCGCCCUGUGGAUCCCGGAGGUGGGCUUCGCCAACACGGUCUUCAUCGAGCCCAUCGACGGGGUGCGGAGCAUCCCCCCUGCCCGCUGGAAGCUGACGUGCUACCUCUGUAAGCAGAAGGGCGUGGGCGCCUGCAUCCAGUGCCACAAGGCCAACUGCUACACGGCCUUCCACGUGACGUGCGCGCAGAAGGCCGGCCUCUACAUGAAGAUGGAGCCCGUGAAGGAGCUCACGGGCGGGACCACCACCUUCUCCGUGAGAAAGACCGCGUACUGCGACGUGCACACGCCUCCAGGCUGCACCCGCAGGCCUCUCAACAUUUACGGGGAUGUCGAGGUGAAGAACGGGCUCUGUCGCAAGGACGCCUCUGUGAAAGCCGUCAGAUCCUCGUCGAAGGUCAGGAAGAAGGCCAAGAAGGCCAGGAAGGCCGUGGCGGAGCCCUGUGCGGCGGGCCUCCCGACCGUGUGCGCCCCGUACAUUCCCCCGCAGAGACUGAACAGGAUUGCAAACCAGGUGGCCAUUCAACGGAAGAAGCAGUUUGUGGAGCGAGCGCACAGCUACUGGCUGCUCAAGAGGCUGUCCAGGAACGGCGCUCCGUUGUUGCGGCGGCUGCAGUCCAGCCUACAGUCCCAGAGGAGCACACAGCAGAGAGAAAACGAUGAGGAAAUGAAAGCUGCCAAAGAGAAGCUCAAGUACUGGCAGCGGCUGCGCCAUGACCUGGAGCGUGCCCGCUUGCUGAUUGAGCUGCUACGCAAGCGGGAGAAGCUGAAGCGUGAGCAGGUGAAGGUGGAGCAGAUGGCCCUGGAGCUGCGGCUGACCCCACUCACGGUGCUGCUGCGCUCGGUCCUGGACCAGCUGCAGGACAAAGACCCUGCGAGGAUUUUUGCACAGCCUGUGAGUCUGAAGGAGGUGCCAGAUUAUUUGGAUCACAUUAAACAUCCCAUGGACUUUGCCACAAUGAGGAAGCGGUUAGAAGCCCAAGGGUAUAAAAACCUCCAUGAGUUUGAGGAGGAUUUUAAUCUCAUUGUAGAUAACUGCAUGAAGUACAAUGCCAAGGACACCGUGUUCUAUAGAGCCGCAGUGAGGCUGCGUGAUCAGGGAGGUGCUGUUCUGAGGCAGGCCCGGCGUGAGGUGGACAGCAUCGGCUUGGAGGAGGCCUCGGGAAUGCACCUGCCUGAGCGGCCUGUGGCGGCCCCUCGGCGGCCUUUCUCCUGGGAAGACGUGGACAGGUUGCUGGACCCGGCCAAUAGGGCCCACAUGGGCCUGGAGGAGCAGCUGAGGGAGCUGCUGGAAAAACUUGACCUCACUUGUGCUAUGAAGUCCAGCGGCUCACGGAGUAAACGGGCAAAGCUACUGAAAAGAGAGAUUGCGCUCCUUCGAAACAAGCUCAGUCAGCAGCCCAGCGAGCCCCCUGCGCCGGGGCCAGGGCCUGGAGGCCCGGAAGAGGACACCGCUGGCCCAGGGCAGGAGCCAGGGGACGAAGGAGAUAAAUCUCCCCCUAAACUUGAACCGUCCGAUGCAUUACCUCUUCCUUCAAACCCGGAGACUAACUCAGAACCACCAGCCCUCAGACCAGUAGAGCUGAGCCCAGAGCAGAGUAAACCAUUCAAAAGAGUCACAUUCCAUAAUGCCUCACAUAGCACUCGCACUCAGAGCCCACUGGCGAGCGGACACCCUCCAGAGCCCAGCCUCGCCAGUAGCGGCGAUGUGCCGGCGGCGGCGGCCUCCGCGGUGGCGGAGCCAGCAAGCGAUGUAAACAGACGCACCUCUCUUGUCUUCUGCAAAUCGAAAAGUGUAAGCCCCCCAAAGUCUGCCAAGACCACUGAGACCCAGCCAGCUUCUCCUCAGCUAGGGACCAAAACCUUUUUGUCUGUAGUCCUUCCGAGGUUGGAGACUCUUCUGCAGCCAAGAAAAAGGUCGCGGAGCACCUGCGGAGACUCCGAGGCGGAGGAGGAGUCCCCGGGGAAACGUCUGGAUGCGGGUCUCACCAAUGGCUUUGGGGGCUCCAGGAGUGAGCAGGAGCCAGGCAAGAAAGCCGCUCCCCGGCGGCGCUGUGCCUCUGAGUCCAGCAUCUCCUCCGGCAGCAGCCCGCUCUGCGAGUCCAGCUUCAGUGUGCCCAAGUGCGGGCGCGGCAAGCCUGCCCUGGUGCGGAGGCACACGCUGGAGGACCGCAGUGAGCUCAUCUCGUGCAUCAAGAACGGCAACUAUGCCAAGGCAGCCAGGAUCGCGGCCGAAGUGGGUCAGAACAGCAUGUGGAUUUCCACUGAGGCUGCAGCCUCCGUCCUGGAGCCUCUGAAGGUGGUGUGGGCCAAGUGCAGCGGCUACCCCUCCUACCCGGCCCUGAUAAUUGACCCCAAGAUGCCACGUGUGCCUGGCCACCACAAUGGCGUCACCAUCCCAGCGCCCCCCCUGGACGUGCUGAAGAUCGGAGAACACAUGCAGACCAAGUCGGACGAGAAGCUGUUUCUGGUUCUGUUCUUUGAUAAUAAGAGGAGCUGGCAGUGGCUUCCGAAAUCCAAAAUGGUUCCGCUCGGGAUCGACGAGACCAUCGAUAAGCUCAAGAUGAUGGAAGGGCGGAACUCGAGCAUUCGCAAGGCUGUCCGUGUUGCCUUUGACCGGGCCAUGAACCACCUGAGCCGCGUGCACGGGGAGGCGGCCAGCGACCUCAGCGACAUUGACUGAGCUGCCCGCCCGUGCCGGCCGCGGGCCCUGUCCAUAGUGUUCAUAUGCUGUACAUACUUGUAUAUUGUUCAAAACUUAACUUAUUCUGAUUUUUAGUCAUAGUUCUUUAAUUCUUUUUCCCCGGGGAGGGGGGAGGUUUUGGUUCCAAGUUUUGUACGCUCCACCUGGGCCGCGCCUCGCGCGUGGGCACUGCCUUCCGACUGUGCCCUGGCCUUGCUCGCUUUGAUCUGUAGCUUUUUUAAAAAAAGACUUUUGAAUGUUUAGUAAUUUUGUAAAUUCUACUCUUUACACAGAGUACCACUUAUUUAAUAAGAUGGGAUGUAAAUUUACAAUGAUAAAUGUGUAUUUUAGGAAGAAAAUGACAUUAUUUUGAAUGGUACUUUGUGCAAAGAGGUGCAACGCCGGCGUGUGCGGCCUGGGCCCUGGGGUGGGCAGCCGCCCCCUCACUGCCUGCCCCCUCCACUUCCCCCCUCCUCCACCCACCUGCCCCCUCUGCUCCCCCCCACAGUUGUGCCUCCCGCCGGAUUAUUUAUUGUAGAAACUGUAUCCAUUUGCUUUAUAAUGAAAGAUAAAUUUGCAAAGGUAUAUUGAAUAUGCUUUUUAUACAGGCACAUGAAGACUGAAGCUGGUUGCGUGGCUGUACAUGACCUGGCCUGUGUGUGCUCUGAUUUGUAACCUGUACUCCUGUUUACACGAGGGCCUUUCUGUAACUCGUUUUGAUUUGAAACACUUUGGUAGCAAUAGAGACUUGGGGUACCUUUUUGUAUGGUACAUGUGCUGUAUAUAGAAUUAGUACUUUAUUUUUAUUUUUAAGAGGUAAAGCAUUAUGUUGGGGGGGAAGCAGGGUGGGUUUCCAAAUUUGCAUUUUUUAUAUUAAAAAUAAAGUCACAAUUUGGAUGGUGUGGCCA